CUAUUUCAUCCACUGACACCAAUGAUGGGGCACUAUUCCUCCCACUGAUACCAAUGAUGGGACACUAUUCCUCCCACUGACACCAAUGAUGGUGCCCCAUCAUUAUCAGUGGGAGGAAUAGUGUCCCAUCAUUGGUGUCAGUGGGAGGAAUAGCACCCCAUCGUUGGUGUCAAUGGGAGGAAUAGCGCCCCAUCGUUGGUGUCAGUGGCAGGAAUUGCGCCCCAUCGUUGGUGUCAGUGGGAGGAAUUGCGCCCCAUCAUUGGUGUCAGUGGGAGGAAUUGCGCCCCAUCAUUGGUAUCAGUGGGUAGAAUAGUGCCCCAUCAUU